UCGUGCUAUCGGCGAAUUUGUUACGGUCCAAAAAUAAUGAUCUUGUGUUAUACUUUUUUUAUUAGAUGGUGUUCAAAUGUUAAAUAGAACAUAAUAUAUUUAAGUGUUACAUCGGUGGACGUGUUAUAUCAUUGAGUGAAUUAUCGCUGAGAGUGUUUUGUAGAAAUGCGAUAGAAGCCAUACAUACAUCAUGGCCUACUGAUAAUUCGUCACAGAACGGUACUUAGAGAAUGGCGAUAAUCUCAUUAACAUUACAAGUUUAGUCUGUGAAAUAUAUUAAAAAGAAUAAAAUAAGUACUACAUUUCUUUAGAAAGUAGUAAAUACGAAAAAGUAUUUAUAUUAUCUAAACUUAGAAGUUAUAUCAAAUCAUGUUUUAAACGUUUUCGUAAUGUAGUAAUAUAUAUUGAAAAAAAAUAUAAAUGUUUAUAUUCGAUAUCUUUUGAAAUAAAUUAUCAAAAAAAAAAAUGGAUCCUUCACCAGAAAUGCAUACAGAUAUACAAAUCAAAGAAGAACCGGUAGAACUACAUGAAAUGGAUAUUGAAGUGAAUUUAAAAAUAGAAAACGAUAUUACCAAGGAGGAUGAAAGUGUUCAACCAGAUAAUUUUGUCGCUAUUAAACAAGAAUUACCAAACAAAUUUUCUGUCAAAUUAGAGCCUGUAGAUGAUGGUGAUAAUGCUUAUGGAAACCAAGAAAUAGUUCCAGAACAAAUGAUUAUGAAACUUGAUCCUUCAUAUUAUGACGGUGAAUUUUAUAAUAAUUAUGAUGGAAAACUAUUAACCAACUCCAGAGUAAGACAAGACAAGGAUGAAAUGGACGAUGACUAUUUGCCUGCAAAGAGUAAGAAAAAGAAAAAGGAGUCAAAUGUUAAACCUCUUUUCAAAGGAAAACAACGAAACGACGAACAGACAUACUCAGAUGACAUAACGAAACACAUAGAAAUAGUGACGAUAGAUGAGGCCGAGCGGGUCGUGGAACACCAUGACUUGUUCAAUAGUCGCAAACACAUGAACUAUACAUGCGAGCCGUGCGCGUUGGGGUUCGUCAUUGAGGACGCUUACCACAUGCACAUGAAAAUACAUUCGCCGGAGAACGGCAGCCACGCGUGCGACAUCUGCGGCGCGCGCGUGAAGAGCGCGGACGUGCUGUACCGCCACCGCCUGCGCCACUACCGGCGCUACCGCUGCCGCGUGUGCGCGCUGCGCCUGCGCGACAAGGACACGGUGGCGGCGCACGUCAUGCGCGAGCACGUCGGCGCCGCCUUCGUGUGCGCGCACUGCGGCCGCGGGUUCAAACGGCCGCAGUACCUGAAGCGGCACGUGGAACAGAUGCACACGAGGCCGCUGCACCUCGAGUGCCCCGUGUGUCAGCGCGUGUUCUACGAGCGGGGCUGGUACCGGUGUCAUGUCAGGACUCACAAUGAAGAAGUACGCAAGAAUAUAGAUAGAAAGGCGAUAUGUUCGCAUUGCGGCCGUGAAUUUAGGAAUAAAGCCUACCUCAUACGACACUUGCAGACACACGAGGACCGCCAGCCAGUCGUGUGUAAGCACUGUUCUAGAACGUUCAAGAACAUUGAAGUGCUCAGGGUACAUUACAGGCAGCAUCAUUCGAAGAAUCCUCUGAACGAAGAUGGUACCUUCAACGAGAACUUCACCGGUCGUACGUACGCUUCGCAGGGGCGUGUAAGAGGCGCGGGCGCCAACACGACGUGCGCGCAGUGCGGGCGCGUGCUGACGACGCGCGCCAUGCUCGCGCGCCACACGCAGCGCAUGCACACCGAGCGCGUGCGCAAGUUCCAGUGCGACUACUGCAAGAAGUGGUACUUCACGAAGGCCGAGGUGCGCUCGCACAUCGAGUGGACGCACCUGCAGCAGCGGCGCCACGCGUGCGCGUGCGGCCGCGUGUUCCGCACGCCGGCGCGGCUGCGCGCGCACGCGUGCGCCGUGCAUCUGCGCAUCGCGCCGCCGCGCGACAAGACCUGCCCCGUCUGCGGGAAGAUGUUCGCGAAUCAACAAGUCCUCACACGUCACAUCAAAGGUCACUCGGGCGAGACUUACCCGUGCAAUGAAUGCGGGCAGAAGUUCAAGACUCAGUCGUACGUCAAAAUACACUACAAACUGAAACACCUGAAGAUGUCACGCGCAGAGAUCAAAGCUCAAAGCAAGAGGACGCUCAUCACGGUGGAGAACAGUAUGGACGAAAGAAUGGUAUCGAAGAUCAAAGUCUACGAUCCCAUCACGAGUGGCGACGACCCGCUCUUUAUAAACGCUCAAGAGAGGGAAACUGGCGUGAAAAUGGAAAAUCAAGAUAUAUCUGUGCCGCUGUUUGAAACGUUCGUCGAUAUCCAGCGAGAGUGUUGAACCCGUUUUGAAUUUAGCGUUAAAUUGAAGAUUUUUCAAAUAGUAUUAUACAGGGGCGUAGCCAGGUGGAUCGUAACACAAUUUUUAUAAUUUUCUAUAGCCUACUUCAGUUAAACAUACCUUAGAUAUUUCUAACAGCUCCGAUACCAACUUCGGCGCCAGGCAAUAUAUUAAUACUAAUAUAAUAAAUUCGAAAGUAACUCAACACCCAAACCACUGAACAUGGAAGGAUUAAGGCUAAUAGACCAACCCCUAAAGCAAGCGCCAGUUAGACGUCCAAUGAUAUCACCUCAAUUCAAGGUCAGAAUUGUUUAUAUGUCGUUAGAAUAGGCUAUAGAACAUUCUAGAAGUCCCUUCUCAGAUUAUGGCUGCGUUAUUAAGGAUUGAUACAAACUAAAAUAUUAUAUUUAUUCUUAACACUUAGUCCGAUUUAAUCUUUGUAUAUAAGCGAAUUACUGUGACUAACUCAUCACGAGAUCUGCGAUACUAUGAGUUCGAUUGACUUGAAAUUAAUCAUAGUUACUCCUUUCGCGACGAAAGGAUUUUAAAGAAGAACUUCAAGAGGGGGUAAAUGGGAGGAGCUGUAACUUAAGUGUAUGAAUUGAACCCGCACGAAGUCGGGACGGACAGCUAGUAUUAAAUAUAUGAAACGAAUACGUUUAAUAUUAUUUAUAGUAAUAGUCACUGCCGAUGCAAAAAGUUCAAAAAGAAAUUUUUAAAGUGAUACAGUAUAUACCUUACAUAUAUAUAUAUAUAUAGGAAACGUUAAUAGAUAUCUAAUGUAUGUAUUCAAGAUUUGUAGGUAAAUGUUAAUUUUUUUUUUAUUUCACAAUUACCUUUAAUUUAUCGAUAUUAUUUAUUUUUAGUUUACUUAAAAAAUAACCGGAAAUAUAUUAAUUAUGUUGUAGUUAUAGAUUACUGUAAAUAUUAUUUAAUUUAUUCUUAUGUAUUAAUGUCAUGAUCUCUAGGAUUUAGUAUCAAUUGAAUUAGUACAGACACCGACAACCUUGAACAUUACGGCAUUGGAAGGGGGGGGGGGGGAAUAGUCCGGGUAUUGUGUAAAGUCUGGCAUUAAUGAUAUAUAAAUAAAUAAAACUGAUUCGACCACUGGUUCUAAUCUAAGCGUGAAAGUUUUCAACUGCGCAACGCCUUGCAAGAAAAUCUUUAUAAAUAAAUGACAAGAUGUAUUUUUUUUUGGACCUAGAUCAAUAAUCACACUUAUACCAAAAGUUCACCUCAGGGGAGACCAGCCAACGCAGGACAAAUUAUAGUGCACUGUGUGUGGAAACACAGGUGCACUCUGUAUUCCGUCACUCCUUUAAACGGAUGUGUUAGUAAAUCCAAAUUUUUUGAUAUUAUUUAUAAAAUAUAUAGAAGCAAUUUCUGCGUGUUUGGUGUAUCUUCCAAAAUAAGUUUUAGUUUCAUAAUAUUGAUUACCUCUCGUGUUUUUUUAAGUCAUUUCACAAAAGCAAUUUUGCGAAUGUUACAUCAUUAGUGUUUAAUGUAUUUAAGGGUAUGAGCCCUGAUAGUCUCUUCUACCUUGAGAUCUAACCUUUAGAAGAAUUCUAGUAUAAUUUAAGCAACGAUCUCCGGACAAGAUGUCCGAUCGGUUCUGUCCUUAGUAUUGGUUUUUAGGUGUUAAAAUUAAAUUAAAUAUUAGAAUCAAAGUACGUUGGCAAUUUAAACAAAGCAAUGAAAGUGAGCGGUAAACUGUUCAGCGAAUCAAAGGCGAAUGGUCGAUUCAAAUAUUUGAAAUAAUUGAUUUAUAACUAAGAAACACUCAAUGACCGGAAACAGGUAUAGCGUUCUGCUAUAGCGUCAAUUGCUAUACACAUAUGUGAAUCAAUACAUAUGUCAAGGUUUAUUUUUUUUAAUAUAAAUUGGCAAGGACAAUACACUACACUACCUUUUCUCCUCUUUAAACAGAUUUUCUUUUUUUUUGUAGCUUACCUUAGUACCGUUAUCAAAAAAAAUUGUAAACAACAUUAUUAAUUAGUAAGCGUUCAUGUUAGCGUUUGUAGAACAAUUGAUACAAGUUGAAGGUUCAAAUUAAAUUUCAUGUUUUCCUGUUAUAUUAAA